CCCCCCCCCUCCUCCUCUUCUUUCCUGUCAACUACCGGGCCACGACACCCCUUGUCGCUUCCAUCUCACUCAGCUAUAUUCUUUUUCUCCUAGCCACAUUAAUCACCUACUCCUUCACACUUCCUCCCGCUUUCACUCAUAAUCAUGUUUGCCAACCUCUUCACCGUUUUCCUCGCCAUCGCUGCGGUCGUCCAGGCCGCACCGGCCGCUUGCCCUAGGACUUCCCCCGUCAUGGUUGUCCAAAACUGCGAAGUUUCCGGUACCGUCGCGCUUACUUUCGAUGACGGACCCGUCGGCAACGACCUCAAGAUCGCCAACAGCCUUAAGGGCGGCAAGGGCACCUUCUUCGUGAACGGUGACAACUGGGGCUGCAUCUACGACCGCGCCGCCGACCUCAAGGCUAUGUACAACGCGGGCCACACCAUCGGCUCGCACACGUGGAGCCACGCGGACCUUGCGCGCCUGAACAAGGACCAGAUCCACGACGAGCUCGACCGGCUCGAGGUGGCGAUGAUGCGCAUCCUCGGCGUGCGCCCCGUCUACUUCCGCCCUCCCUACGGCAGCUACAACAACCUCGUGCUCGAGGUGCUCCGCGAGCGCGCGUACAAGAAGCUCUUCAUGUGGACCGACGAUACCGAGGACGGAAACCGCAGCGGCGCCGACGUACCCUACGCCAAGAGCGUGUACGACCGCAUCGCCCGCGACUACCCCAAGCCCCACAACGUCCUUAACCACUCACCGUACGACAGCACCGCCAACGAGGUCGUGCCCCACGCCGUCCAGCGCCUCCAGGCCGCCGGGUACAAGCUCCAGACGCUCGACCAGUGCCUCGGCAGCGCCGGCGACCACCCGUACAUCAAGGGCUCGGGCGUCGACAGCAAGUACGGCUGGAACUGCAACUAAGCCCCUCCUCCGCCUUUCUCAUCUGUCCAUCAUGCUCGGCAUCUCUUCCUCUUGUCCCUCUCACGCAUCUCCAUCUCCAGCUGUACACAGGACACUGGAGUCCUCCAUUCCUCAUCUCAUGAACAUUGACACGGACACUCAGUAAUCACUUUAGUAGUCGGCAUGACACAUGUGCAUUGCAG